UUUCGCAUUUAUAGGGAGGAAAGUCGCAGCAGCGAAUCAAAUACGCUGCUGCCUCCAUCCGAGCAUCAGGGUAAAGCUGCAAAUUGCUCGCCAACACUCAAGCGGCAUAACAGUAAAGUGAAUUUGAAUAUUGUGCUUUCACAUGCCAUUAAUUACAAAUCGUCAAACGGCAACGAGUCCAAUACCAGUGAUAUCGAAAGCGCUUCUGAAAUCACGGAGCACAAACGAAAAACAACAACAACACGAACGCUGCGCAGCGAUUUGCCUGCUCGCACUCUUGCGCCUGCCGGUAACGCCACAAACACAGCAACAACUGUCACUGCCAAUGAUACUGUCCAACAGCGGCGUGCACAAUAUCGUUCUAGUCGCAAUGUCGCAAUAAACACAAGCGUUAACUUAGCAGCCAGUGCGCCCACAGCGUAUAACGCCACUGUAGUUAUUAAUCAGCAGGAGGACGUAGUCGCCGCACCCUUGACCUCCAAUACAAGUGGUGGCGCGUUCAACGCUGCACCAUCGCUAAUCGUACAACGUCGUCCGCCUUUGGUGCGUGCUAUGUCCGCGCCGGUGCGUUCGCAUUCGCUCAAUGAGAAUAGCAAAGGUGUGUUUGCGUUUCAGAAACGUAAAUUGCGUCGUCGUAAGCCAAUCACGCGCAACGCCAGUGUUUGCGAUAAAAGUGAUGAUGAUGUACUCUUCGAUUUGAAUGGCGCUAAUGGCAAAAAACAGUCAAUACCGCGUACACGUUCCACAUUGGCGGUCGAUGUGAUUACACUGGUUUCGCUCGUCAGCUCUGAGGGUAGUGAUUCGGAAAAGGAAGAUAGCCCACCGGAAACCGGGCAGCGCAAUGCAGAACGUUCGCGUAGCACUGGUGCACCUACAUUGCGUAAGACGGGUAAAUCAGUUUCCUUCCAAGAGAACUAUCCACCAAACUUUCAACUAGCUACAAAGGAAUAUUCACAUAUGAUACGUCGUGGCUCGAUUGCACCAUUAGCUGCACGCUUACGCUCCAACCGACCACCAACAGCACCGCCAGUAUCAAUUUUCAUGAAUGAAGUAAACGGCAAUAAUGCAAUGGCAACAAAUGUCACAACAAACUUGGAAAGCAACGAUAGUGGGGACUCAAAUGCUAACAAUGUCGCGGAUGGCACGCAAAACACCGCGAAAGGCGCAGCGGAGCUUGCAAGUAAGGACAAACAAAACGAGGAAUAUAUCUACCCGGAAUACGUGCGCACGUUGAAGGAGCGCGAGUGUUGGAAAUUAUAUCGUAAAAUGUCUGUUAAAGGUGUUAGUGUCACUUAUGAGACGGUGUUGCGUGGCAUGCUGACACCGACUGAAUUCCGACAAAUACAAAAACAAAGGGAAAUUGAAGAAGCAAAAUCACGGGCUUUAGAGGAGGAGAAGGAUACAGCACUCGAACAGCAGACACCCACUUCAGCAGUAGAUCGUUUAACGCAGAAAUUGUUGAAAAAGUAG